AUGGUAUUUGCUACUUUCUUUCAAGUGCUUAGUGAGAACAAUGCUAGAAUAACAAUUCAUCUAAAGAAUGACCUAGCAAUAGAAGGUAAUAUCCAGUCUGUUGAUGAAUACUUGAAUAUUGUACUGAGUGAAAUAGAUGUGGUUAAUAAUGAAGAAAAUCCGUACUUGCUUUCAGUCAAGAAAUUGUUGAUCAGAGGAAAUACUAUAAGCCAUAUCUCAAUGCCUGAUCAUGGAAUUGAUACUGACACUAUACAGGAACUUGCAAUGAAAGACAUGGAGAGAAAGUAGAUUCAUUAGCAUAUUGA